UUUUUUUUUUUUUUUUUGUUGCCGGUUUUUGUUUUAUUGACAUCACUAUAACUUUGGAUUUAAAUAUCAUGUAAAGCACUUUAAAUUGCUUCGCUGAAAUGACAAAUUCACUGUAUUGUCCAGCCUUGCCAAACCUGGACUAGUUUGUUUUGGUCGACUACAGCUUCUUUAGAAUACAAUUUUGAUACGUAAAGUCUAUUUUUAGAAAAACAAAACAAGGGUAAUUUAUUCAAGAGUGACAUAGAGUGGACGGCUUUUUCUGUGGAACAUGGCUCCAAUAAGUCGAGGAAAAUUGGCAGAUUUCAUACAGCAUAUCUAAAAUAUCUGAAAGAAUACACAGCCUAGGAAGCGGUCAUAUCCCUUAAAAAAAACCUUGGCCUCAGACAGUGCUGAUUGACAAGCUGUUGGCUGUGGUUGUCAAAGUAGCCAAUCCAGAAGCGGCAUUUCUGAAGGCGCUGAUUGGUGGCGAGAAGGAACAUCGUACAUAUUAGCUUCUGGAGUAGUGCUUAGACAAUUACCACGGUGAGUAUUAAUGCAUAUUCAGAUAUAUUUGGCGUUGGCACUAUUAAAAUAGGCAGUAUUGAGUGUUUCAUUUUUAAUACGGGGUCUCAAUUGUUCGUGGAUUUCAGAUAUUCGUGGGCAGCUGAGUGGUACUAAUUAAAUAUAGAAGACAUUUGUGGUGCAAGUUCUCUUUGACAAGAGCCUGUGGAGAUGAUCUGUCACUUGUCCCCUUCCAGAUAAUGUAGUUCCAGCGGACCAUAUUUGAUUAGCUUGCUUUGUGAGGGGCAGGGUUAUAUUGUGUGAUUGUUUUGAGAUUACAGUCCACUAGAUUACAGAAGAAACUGCAUUCUCAGUGAUAGACUGCAAGACAAAACAAGACAUUCUCACGACAGCAGUGAAACAAAAUUCACUGCCGGCAUUCAUAUCCUAAAACAUGCCUAGAUGAAAGGCUUCAACCGUUUUUAUUUAUAAUAUUUGUACACUAUACAGAUAUAUUUUCUUUCAUUUUGUCAUUUCCGAGGGUAAUUUUGCAAGGAAUUCAUUUGAUGAGCACAUUUUGUGCACAGUGUUGCUCAUUGCGAGGGUCCGGAAGGUUUUAGAAGGUGAUGCACAGACUAAUUAUAUGCAUUUGAAGAAGCUUAAAAAGUCCAGACCUAUAGCCUUGCACUCGUUGAAUAUUCCCACGCUGCCUUUUUCUGUAAAUGAGCAACAACCAGCUGUAGAGCGUCUUCGCAGUCAACGGGGAUUCCCCUCGCAUUCUGACAGUUUGUAUGAUUUCUAAGAGCCUGAGCUGAGCUGCAGUGUAAUAAUUUGUAAUGCUCCGGAAAAAUUACUAAGAUUGAAGAAGUUGUUCUCAUAAUAAAUCUGAUUCUCCUAUUCCUUUUGAAUCUUUUUUUUUUUUCUUUUUUUACCCUAAGGCCCAAUAGUACUUCCUCUGGAGUUCCUGAACACAAACUUUCUAAUUAUAGAGGUGGCUGACAGACCAGUACAGUGACACUUAUUACAGAUUGCAGGUCUUCUAUUUUAAACCCUGUGCUAUUAAUCAGACGCAUAUACAGUGCAUUAAAGCCGACAGAACAUGUACAAGCUGCGAGCUCUUCAGAAAACAGUGCUAUUCUGUUAUUCUGGCUCAUGUGUGUGCAGAGCACACAAUGAGGGCUGUUUGCAGUGGUUUUCUGUUGGAGAAAUGGCUGCCGUUUGUACUGCCUGUGACCUCAGCAUCUUUAGAUAAGGGAUCCUCCUUCACCUCCGCACAAAGCCUGCUGUAAGCCUGUGCGUUGCCGUCCUCAAACCUGCUAAAAAGAUAUCGAGGCGGCGCAAUGCCUCGGUGAAAACUGCAAAUGAUUUCGGUCUCUACAGUUAACAUUUUGUUUACGUUAUGUUACAUCAAGGUAAUUUUGGUUACGUGGCAGAUAAGUGACGGUUUUAUGGAUAAAACCGUUUUUUAAAACUGCAGACGACUUCAGGAGGGCCACUUGAUCAGAUAGGCUGACUCAUUAACCAACUAAUAAUGGUGAUGACUAAUAAUCAGCUUCUUAUGCUAGCAUUUGUUGGUUUUUGUUUUAGUUUUGUGCAUCAUAACCAAAUUGGCGGUUGCUGGGGAUAUCGUAGAGCUGUAAUAUUUAAAGAUUCACCGAUUUCCAGGUCUUUUUUUGUUGUUGUUGUUGCUGUUGUUUUAUCUUUCCCGCUAAUUCCACCUUGACCAGAACUGGUCAAAUCAGAAUUUGAAUAAAUCGGAAAGAAUAUUCAGAUUGCUGGUUACCGAUCAGAGCCGAUUGAUCAGUUCAUCUGUAGUAAAGAUCAAUGUGUUUAUAGUAUUUUUACUACCUGCUGAAAUAAUCAGUGCUUGUCUUUCUUAGAAAAAAACAAAAUCAAGUUAGGUCAUGCUGCACAUCCUAGUAUUACUUUCUGCCUAUACAUAGAGAUAAUGAGAUUGUCACACCGGCCCAUCGCUUCUCCCUCUUUAUGUCAGCUGUGUUUUUUUUUUUUGUUUGUUUUUUUUAAGUUAAAGCAGAAAAAAUUGUUUGCUUAGUCUCAUUUGCCAUAACUUCCGAGUAAUUGCCACUUUCGUUUAUUUGCGAAUACCACCGAUGUUUCCCAUGCCUUCAGAAUGUUUUCUUAUCUGAAAUCUGAUUAAUUUUCCUCUUCUGGGACAAUUCUGAGGAAAACAAGAAGGUGAACUCAUGCUGAAAGUAUUAGGUGUAGCCUUAAUAUAAAAUAAACAAGACUGUUUUCAUCCUCCCACAUCCCCCAGGCGGAUGUAAUAGGGAUUACCUGCACCGCGCAGGCAUUCCGAGAGUUUGUCAACGAGCAAAACAGAGAAAGUUCGUGAAAGCAAAGAUGAAUUCCGGUGUAAUCGGGUGCGUCUCCCCCCACGCCCCUCCUUCAUCCCUGCGGUCCUCCCUCGUGUGUUGGAAUUUCCCGCAUGGACCGAGAGGGAUCUUGCUCCGUAAAUUACAGCGCCUUCGCGUGUCAGAGGAAGAGCCUUUUAUGGGCAGGGAAGUGGGCGGGGCCACGGAGCAGGCGGCGGGCAGAGAGGAGGUGGCAAUCACUAGACAGCCAGAGAAGCGCUGUCGAUGCGCGGCAGCAGCAGGCCGCGUCCUCCUUCUUCUUCUUUUUUUUUUUAAAGCCUUUUCGUGCAAUCACAGUGCAAUAAUGUGCAACAAACAGCGGCUGCAUUGCGCUUCUGUUCUUGCGCAUUAGCACGUUUGUGUUUACGCUCCCACGUCAAAAUCCCCCUCCGCCCCCUCACCUCCCUCCUCACUUGUUUUCUUCUUCUUAGCUGGGGGCACCGAAGGGAAGGGAAAGAGGGGCCGGGGGGGAGAGAAGUCCAAAUGCGUGAGGUCAGCAGCGUAGCGUGAGUCAACCUCGGGGAUGUGUGCAGUCAUCAUCGCGGACCUGCUGCUGCUGCUGCCGCUGCCGCCGCUGCUGCUGGCCGCACGAGAGAGCUACCCAGCGCGGCUGAGCAGCUCCUCGCACUUUGCUUUGGCGGGAAAACGAGCGCUUUCUCUUCUGCUGCGCGUCUCACAAAGCUGUUAGGAGUUUGAUAAGGGCGUUGGAGCUCCAAGUGUGCCAGUCGAUGAUGAACUUCGCCUCUGAGUGUUUGUGCGAAACAGCUCAACAUGAACACAGUGCGUUGAUAACUGGGUGUCGCCCAUGAAUGAGAAAAACACAGAGACUUCUUCAGAUCGUUUCACCCCCGACUGGAGAUUGUGAAGAACUUCAAAGGGAUUUUUUUUUUUUUUUUACUGUGAAUAAGAAAAGAAGACUUUGUUUUAAGUCAAAAGAACAUUCUGUAUAGGCCUGGGUUGGAGUGGUUCCCUGCUUCAGCCCAUUCAUGCUCGUCAUGAGCGUACCAGCCCAGCAGAAACCCAGCGCCAAGAGAACGGGGAAACGCAUCACGUUUUUCGGCGACCAACCAGGAGACCUGAUGAAGGAGACGUCGCAGCAUCCCGACGGGGCGUACUUCGUCCCCGGCGGCACCGCCGCCGCCGCCUCAGAGUCCGGACAAAGCGAGGCGGCGAGUACAGUGACCUCCAACCCUGAGGCUCCUCACAUGUACUUCAACUCUGUGAUCUUCAGCCCAGAUAAGGGUGACCAGAACAGGGGCCACUAUCAGCAGACAGUGCCGAUGAAGUGGGCUCACCCGGAGCCCAGUCAGCAGCAGCAGCAGAGAGCUGCCUCCUGGACUGCCAUGCCUAGCUGGGCGCCGGCUUUUCCGAAUCUCACAAGGACCCAGAAUGCGUUUGUGAAGGCGAUGCACGAGACUCCCCCCGGCUUGCAGCUGCAUCAGCAGCCAACCAACGCUGUGAAGUCUCGAGCUCUGGAGUGGGAGCAGCAGCAGCAGCAGACAUCCCAAAUCUUUCAGGAGACUAUGAAACCAGGGGCGCUGAACGCUCAGCAGCAGAGCGCCCCCCACCCCGGAGGAAGCUCCGUCUUGCAGUCCUUCCAGCUGGCCUUCGGUCAGCCCAAACAGCACCUGCCCGCUUAUUACCAGACCUUCCAAGGGAGCAGGAACACACUACCGAACCCGCCGAACUACUCGAAUUCGAAGCAGUCUUCGCUGCAUCUUCAGCAGCUGCAGAAUCAAGAGCAAAUGCAACGGCAGCAGCAGCAGCAUGUCAUCCAGCAGCAAAUUCAACAGCAUCAGCAAAUCAUCCGGCAUCCACAUGUCCAGUUACAGCAGCAGCAGCAGCAGUUACACCAUGAGCAGCAACAACAGCAACAAAAGAUGCAACAACAGCGGCAACAGCUCCAGAUUCAGCAGCAAAUGCAACAUCAGCAGUCGCAACAACAAAACCCCCAUGUGCUAGACUGUUUCUCUGCGGCACAAAACGCACACCCGCAGCCCGUGGUCGUGCACUCGCAGGAGUCCACUGCUCCGGCUCCGCCGAAGAUCCAGGAGCCGCUGAUCCAGGACAUCACGCCAGAACCCCAGCAGCAGCCAUCCGAUCCUCUGCAGGCCCCCCUACCGCCCGAGCCGUCGUCGCAAUCGCAGGCGCAGCUCCGCAGAUCUCGCCGGCUGUCCAAGGAAGGCGGGGCGCCGUCUGACAACCCUUUCCUUUGCGGGCCCUCGGAUCAGUCGGGCCCGGAGAACGGGGCCCGUGACGUCCAGGCGGCGCCCACGGGGGUCAUCCAGAGCACUCGCAGGAAGCGCCGGGUGUCCCAGGAGGUCAACCUGGAGAUGCUCGCUCAAGAGGCUUCAGAGAGGAAGUCUCCUUCACUAAGCAAGGAGCCUCACAGGCCGUGGAGUCCCGCCGAACCGGAGAGCAUGAACGCCAAGCGGCCCCGAGACGACAGCCUCCUUCCGCUCGUCAUCCCUGUGUCCGUCCCCGUUCGGAGACAGGACACCUCGUCUCCGGAUAGGGAUGGAGCAGCCGUGGCAACCAGCUGGCCUCACCGGCCUCCCAACCACCAGGACCUCGGGCGAGCCGAUCACAAGCCCUCGGUCAUCGUCACCCGCAGACGCUCGCUCCGAAACUCCUUAUCAGAAAGUUCAGAGCAGAAUGAUGGCACGGAGGGAGAGAGGGACGACGACGGCAGGAAGUCCAAACGACGUCCCCGACCAGAGCCUCUCUUCAUCCCGCCGCCCAAACCGAGUUUAUUCAUCGCCCCGCCCGUCUACUCCAGCAUCACGCCCUACCAGAGCCACCUUCGCUCCCCCGUUCGCCUUGCCGACAACCCGAUCACGAUGCCCCCGUACACGCCUCCGCCGAUCCUCAGCCCCGUUCGGGAGGGCUCGGGCCUCUACUUCUCCACCUUCCUCUCGUCGGCUGCAGCCAGUGGUCCGGGCCUGCCCCCUCCUGCGACUCCCAAGUCAGCCACUCGCAGCUUGUUGCGUUCCAACAGCUGCGACAUCACGCCACCGGUGCUGUCCGCCAUGAGUGAGACCACGCCGGUCAGCAUCGAGCCACGAAUUAAUAUCGGGUCGCGGUACCAAGCGGAGGUGCCGGAGCUGAGGCAGAGGUCAGCUGUCGAACUGGAUCGCCAUCGAGCCGAACUGGUUUGGGCUCCACCGUCCGAACUGGAGGGGAAACCAGACUUCCAGGACAAGGUGGAAGACCUCAUGCACCUGGCCUGUUCCAGUGUUUUAUACGGAGGAGGCACCAACCAGGAGUUAGCACUCCAUUGUUUAUACGAGUCCAAAGGGGACAUAGUGGAUGCUCUGUCUCUGCUGAUGCUGAGGGAUCCAAUCUUCCCAAAGACACAUCAUCUGUCCAGCUACCACUACUCGGGAUCAGACAGCUGGACGGCAGCUGAGAGGCGUCUGUUCAACAAAGGCAUGGCCACGUGUAAAAAGGACUUUUUCAUGGUGCAAAAGCAGGUGACGACCAAGACCGUGGCGCAGUGCGUGGAGUUCUACUACACGUACAAGAAACACGUGAAGAUCGGCCGCAACGGAACGCUAAUUUACGGCGAGAACGAGCCUCCGGAGAGCAGGACGGCAGAGGAGGAGCAGGACCACAAGGCCGCUCAAAGGCUGGAGCCGCAGCAGCAGGAGGAGGACAGCAGGAAGUGGGAUGGUUCAGCUGACAGGAAACAGGAUGUCUGUCCCACCAGGGUGACACACACGCUGCCGUCCACUGAGAAUCUUGCAACAGUCCUCAUUAUGAAGAGCCAGGCGGAGGUGGGAAAGGAGCAGCCGGUGUCCAGGGUCAUCCACCACGCCCAGCCGCCCCAGACCAAACCGCGCUUCGACGGCAACGCGCGCCGGCCGAGCCCCCCGUCGGGCAACAAGGCCGCCGCGGGGCAGGAGGGCGAGUUCCCCUGCAAGAAGUGUGGCAGGAUUUUCUACAAGGUGAAGAGCCGCAGCGCCCAUAUGAAGAGCCACGCGGAGCAGGAGAAGAAGGCGGCGGCGCUGCGACAGAAGGAGGCAGAGGAGCGGGCCGCGGCAAGGGCCGCGGCCGAGGCCGCCGCCGCCGCCAUGGCCGCGCGGCAUCAGAACGGAACGCGGCAGGCGGUCGGCGACAGCGCCAACGACGACUCCUCUGGCGGCGAGGACAGCGACGAUGACGACGACUGGCAGAAUUAGGGCGGAGGCAGAGACCCUCUGCACCCCUCCUUUUUUUUUCUGUUUUUUUUUUUUUACAAACCGCCGUUGCUCGGCGACGUCGGUGACGAUCACUGCUCAAACUUCAGCGAGCGUCCGCAUUUGUUGGGUUCUUCCCAAAGCUCCCCUUUACUCAGCUUUUCCUAGAGCUGUACCUCUCUUGCUCACAGGGCUCGGUGAAAUCAAAGCCAUGCGUCGUCCUGUUGGAUUCCCAGCCGCCGCCGCCGCCGCCUUCCUCCGCACUUUGAGUCCCGCUUUGCUCCGACAGGCGCGUUGGACCUCCCCUUCCGUCUUCUGUUUUCCUUUCACCUUCAGCUCCUCUUCGGACCUCAGUCGACCAAUAUCCGAGCGUCGAGGAUGAAGUGGGAAAGAAAGGCUGCUUCCUUGGACGGACGGAUGGAUGGCAUGUUCGGACUGUUGUUGUCGCCGCUCCUCUGCACUAACAGCUGCCAAAAGUGUUUUUUGAAGCAUGAAAUGGGUUCUGUCUGUUUAUCCGGGCUUUUGGUUCUGUGAAUCCCCCGUCGUCAAACCCCCUUUUUGUUUUCUUUUUUUUUCUUUUUUUUUUAAUAAAACCUGCUCUGUUCCUCACUGUUUUAUGCCUUGGAUGUUAUGACAGUUUCAUUUGAAAAUGACAAUCAAUUUUACACUGUUGGUGUUUUUUAUGGACGUGUACAAUAAGCAGGUCAACUUUUUUCUCCCAUCUCCCCCACCCCUUUUUCUCUGUAGUUCUAUGUGGUUCUUGUUGUUUUUGUGAAGAUUGUUAUUAUUAAUAUUAUUAUUAUUAUUAACAUUAUUAUUAUUCUAGUUUUGGCUGCAGUUUUGUCGAGCCCUUUUUUUUAAAAGCUUUUCUUUUCUUUGUUUUUAUUUAAACAAAAACAAUUGCUCCUUGCUACCUGUUUAUAACUGUGUUUUUUUGUUGUUGUUUUGUUUUUUAAAUAACAAUUUUUUUUUCUUUCAUUGGGAGCCAAGAAAUGAAGAAACGGCAGAAGCGUAUGUGCAAUAGAACAAGUUAUCUCCUCUCACUUCCCAGCACGGUGUUCUCUGUCAGCUCAGAAGCAGCUGCUCUGGAUGCCUCGCUGUCAGGCCUUCGUUACUGAUGGCGGGUUCUGACUGGGACCGUUCAGAACCGCAGGUCUCCACGGACACGAGCGCGACGACAACCGGCCCAGUCCAAACCUAAAACCGCGUUCCAGUAUUUACGGCAUGACAUUGGCUUUCACAAUGUGUGCUUCUUUUUUUUUGUUGUUGUUCUUAAUUGUAGGCGAGAUGUAGGCACGAGCCGGUCUGUCGGUAUAGAUACCUCAGUAUGGCAGUAUUUACACAAGAAAAACUUUAGACUGUAAUGUAUAAUAUGUUUGAAACAAAUUUCUAAUAUCACGUUUAACUUUAGCUCAUCUUUAUUUUGAUUCGGAUACACAGACAAAGAAAUAAAGGUCUGCUAGUUUUCAAGUAAACGCCACAUGGAUGGGAACAUAUGAGAGCCGUCUGUCAGUAAACCAUUUACUUUCAUCAACAGCCGAGCUUUUUGGAAAAGUAGUGAUUUGUAGUAAUUAAUCAGAUUUUUACUCUGAACUAGCGGUUCUGCCUCCUGCUUUCUACCUCAGCUUUGUAGCCGUUCCACAGACUGUUAACAGUAAGAACAUUUCAUCAAAAAAAUAAAUUGUAGUCCUUUUUUUCUUUAGUCCCAUCUAAUCUGAGCUCAGAUUUGAAACAUGAAUAAAAAGUGAUAUGAAUUUGACUUUUUUAAAAAAUUUUUGAUGGAACUUUUCCAUUGUUCUUGCCACGGAUUUAGAUAUUGAUAUUAACCUGCUUUUUUUCUCUCUCUUUUUUUUGGUUAUUUCUGAUAAAAUCUCAAGCGUUCUUUGCAACGGCUCGUUUUCCACGCUCUCUAAAAGCCUGUUGAUGGCAGGAAAUCAUUAACUGACAAACAGUAGAUUCUGAUCUACACAGCUGAACUAAAAUCUCUGUUGGCUCUUAACAUUUUAACAUUAGAACGUGUCGAUUGCCAAGACUAGAUCUCUACUAACAUGGAGAUAAAUCUGUGUCUGCCUUUGGAUUUUUAUUGCUCUGAAAUUCCAGAUUUGGCUGAAAAAGCUGUUUAGAUGACAAUUUGUCAUUUCUCCUCCCCUCCCCAGUUUUUAUUAUUGCAUUGUCUUUUAGAUGCCGAUAUGAAGACAAAGUUUUCAUUUUUCUAAGUAGACUGUUUGCAUCUGUGAUUCCUCUCUUCCCGUUUACCUGAUACGAGGCACUGAGUUGGACCAUUGUAACCGUGACUCAUCUGUUGCUGCAUAUCCCAGUGUUAAGCCCUUUAGCCCGGAGCCGCCGAAGCAACAAAUAGGUGAAAGGGUUGUUUUCCUUUAAAGGACAAACUGGAGGAAGGGAGGAACGUUGAGUGGGGAAAGAGACAAAAACAAGCAGAAUCAGCUCUGCUUACUCUACAAGUUCCAAUCUGGGUCUAUGCACAGGCUGUGUGUGCGAGUGUGUGUUUAAAGCAUCCUGUUAGCAGUGUGUGUGUGUGUGUGUGUGUGUGUGUGUGUGAGUUCUGUGAGGUCAAAUGUUCGACUGCCGUACCAGUCACAAACAAACAAACAAACAAAAAAAGGGUUUCUGCAGACUGUUCACGUUUGGUAUGUUAAUUUAUAUCUCCUUUUUAUUUGGGCUCGUCUCGAGGUUCUUGUUUGGGUUUCGGGUGGGGCGGGGAGCGAUGUUGCAAAAAAAAAAAAAAAAAAGAAAAGGUUUCGAAGAAGAAUUUUUACGGAUGGAAGUGGAGGCCACAGACACUUCUCGUUUCGUCCGUCUGGUCGAGGGGAAAAAAAUAAAAUUUCCGAAGAAAAUGUUUAUUUAGCUAAAGAUUGGAAAUAUAUAAUAUGAACGGAAUUCUAUGUUUGCAUACUUUUUAUGCUAUUUUUGUAUAGGGUUCACACUAAUGAUAAAAUCAGAAAGGAAUCUCAAGUGCUUUUUACUACGGUGUAACUUAUUUGUGUUGAUUUGAUUUUUACCACCUGUGUUUUUGGUAAUGAUUUAUGGAAGCACUGUAUAUUAAAGGUUCAAAACAUUCUCCGA